AUGGAAUUUACAAUUAAACACACAUGGGAUGGUUUACCUGUGAGCCAUGAGCCAGUUAAAAUUGGGCUGAAGUCAGACAAUGCAGGACUGAUAAUGGAAGUGAAUGCUCCCUUCUUUAAUGAUCCUCCAGCACCCCUUGGAGAACCAGGGAAACCUUUCAGUAGAUUGUGGGACUAUGAGGUUGUAGAAGCAUUUUUCCUGAAUGACAGAACUGAACAGUAUUUAGAAGUUGAACUUUGCCCCCAUGGAGAACACUUGUUGCUGCUGCUUUCUGGCAGAAGAAAAGUAUGGAAAGAAGAGCUUCCUUUAGAGUUUGAGGUGACCAGAACGGACACCAAAUGGGAGGGUAAAGCUUGUCUUCCUUGGAAUUAUUUUCCACCAUGCACUAACAAGUUCAAUGCAUUUGCAAUUCAUGGCUCGGGAGAACAGAGAAAAUAUGAGGCACUUUAUCCUGUGCCUCAACAUGAACUACAGGAAGGACAGAAACCGGAUUUUCAUCGUCUGGAAUUUUUCAAAGAUUUGAACCUGAAAAGAUUAAUGGGAGAAGACUGGAAACAGCCUGAAUCAGAUUUAUGGAAAUAUCUCACUAAUUAA